AUGGAUGAUCAGUUGCUUUCCAAGUCAGUAGCGGUGGAAGCCAAGCAAUGUUUACAGCAAGCGGCCAGCUUCACCAAAGAGCUAGUACGAUCCGAUGGACAUUGGUGCGGCGAAGUCAAAUCCAAUGUCUCAAACACCGCGGAAUAUAUCAUGCUUCGACACGCCUUGGGCCUCGAAAUACCCAGCCCCGAAACGUGGAUAUCUUGGAUCCUAUCCGAACAAAAUCCGGAUGGCUCGUGGGGUUUAGCGCCCGACCUGGGUGGUUAUGUAUCGUUUGGUGUCGAGGCAUAUUUCGCGCUGAAACUCCUCGGCCUCUCGCCUGAGCAUCCAGAAAUGACAAAAGCACGGAACUCCAUCCUAGCAGCCGGUGGUGUGGCUCGAGUUCGGAUCUUCACACGCUUCUUUCUUGCAAUUUUUGGACUUGUCCCAUGGAAGGCCGUGCCAGAAAUGCCUCCAGAUCUGAUACUCGUGCCACCCUCGGCCCCUUUUAGUAUUUACAACAUGGCAUCAUGGGCAAGGUUAACUGUUGUGCCCUUGCUGCUCGUUAGCCACCACCGGCCCAUUUUCGCACUCCCAAAUGGAAGAUCAGAAGUCAACACAUUCCUGGACGAACUAUGGUGCGACCCCAAGGACAAACAAGCUCCGUAUUCGCCCAGCUUGUGGAAGCCUUGGAAGGCGGACCUGACCUCACUGGGCUUUACCGUGAUUGACAAUAUCCUACAUGCUGUCAAUGGAUUGAGGAACUUUCCUUGGAGAAUUUACGCCCGUCAACGAUGCCUUGACUUUGUACUUGAACAUCAAGAUGAGGAUGGCACCUGGGCGGGAUGCUAUCCUCAAAUGCACGCAUCCCUCAUUGCCCUUAUUGUUGAAGGAUAUAGCAUCGAUUCUCGUCCAGUUCAGAGAGGUCUUCAUGGGUUGGAAAGCUUUAUUUGGUCCGAUCAAAAUGGAAAGCGCAUGCAGGCUUCCAUAUCCCCAGUCUGGGACACCAUUCUCAUGACGAUUGGCCUGCUCGACGCCGGACUUCCGACCGAGAACAAAUAUAUCCGUCGAUCGACUUCUUGGGUCAGAAAACGUCAGGCCCUCGGACUACAGGGAGACUGGAAAGUUCUCAACCCGAAGCUCAGAUCAGGAGGGUUCACCUUCCAGUAUCACAACGCUUGGGCCCCCGAUGUUGACGAUACUGCGGCGGCGGUUCUCGCUUUCAUGAAACAAAACCCCCUCUCAGUUGAUUCAGAGCCGGUUCUUCGUUCCAUUGAAUGGAUAUUGGGCAUGCAAAAUACGGAUGGAGGUUGGGGUGCCUUUGAUCGUGGGAACGACAAGCUUUUCUUCAACCGGAUACCCUUCAGUGAUAUGGAGGCUAUGUGUGAUCCAUCCACAGCCGACGUAACUGCGCGUGUUAUCGAGGCCUUCGGUCUAGUUAUGAAGACUGACUCCCGUGAGAAGUCACUUGUGCCGAGAGACAUGAAAGUUGCGAUGAUGUCCGCGGCCGACCGAGCAAUGAAGUACCUCGUCAGCGAGCAAGACGCUGGCGGAGCGUGGUUUGGACGUUGGGGAGCCAAUUAUAUUUAUGGCACAAGCAACGUGAUUUGUGGAUUUGCAGAAAUGAAGUUUAUUCAAAGCUCCACAGACGUCCGGAUUGGGGAUUGUAUGGAAAAAGGAGUCGACUGGCUGCUCUCAUUCCAAAACAGCGACGGCGGCUGGGGGGAGUCUCUCGAUACUUAUCGAGAUCCCAGUGCCGCAGGCCAGGGCCCCUCGACAGCCUCACAAUCCGCCUGGGCACUCAUGGCCCUGCUUACCUCGUUGCAUCCUACACAUCGAGCAAUUUUUCGUGGUGUUCAAUAUCUUGUCUCGACCCAAACAGCAGUCAGCAAGAAUGGGGCUUCGUGGCCAGAGAGACCAUACACCGGGGUGGGAUUUCCGAAUCACUUCUAUCUAGGGUAUUCUCUGUAUUCACAUUACUUUCCUAUGAUGGCGCUGGGUCGAUACAUUUCAAAAAUUGGGCAUGCAGGUAUUUGGCAGCUGGACUAG